UCCGGUAAAACCCCAAAUUUGAUGAGUAAACAAGCAACCAAAAACAAUGAAGAAGCUUCUUCUCUCCCAAAUUAGCCGCUACUCUCCACACUCCCUGAACCCUAAACCCCUGUCUUCACUAUUCCACAGGCAUUCCUUCUCUUCAAAUGUCCCAAUCGAGCCCGUUGCUUACCCACUAAAACCCAAGGACGAUCAAAAUCUCCAAGAAUCAGUACCAAAUCCCAAAGAAGACGAACCAAAUCAAAACCCACAACAAUGGAGUCGCGAGGAUAUCAGAUAUGUGAAAGACGCGGCUGCAACAAUUUCGCUGCAAUCCUACCCGACCCGAGUUGCGCCACUGCCCGAGGACAAGAAAGAAGAAGAAAUUCAACGAGUUGAACCUGAAAAUGGUAGAAUGGUAUUCAGGAAAGUUGUGGAAGAAGAGGAGAAGGUAAAAGUUGGGUUCCCGCGAUUGAUAAAGGCGGUUAAGAAUGAAAAGAGGGCGGUUUUUGAUUUGAUGGAUGCUAUUCGGGAAGUGAAGGCGAAUGCGAGAAACACGUUUGAUGAGACUGUUGAAGCUCAUGUGCGACUGGGUGUUGAUAAGAGUCGUUCAGACCUUAUUGUUCGUGGUACCAUGACUCUGCCUCAUGGUGAUAAAAAGGUUCUCAGAAUUGCUGUCUUUGCUGAAGGAGCUGAUGCGGAUGACGCGAGAGCUGCUGGUGCUGAUGUUGUUGGGGGUGCUGAUCUUAUUGAUCAAAUUGCAAGUGAUGGCAAGAUUGACUUUGACAAGUGUUUCACAACUACUAAAAUGUUUCCCCGUGUAGUCAAGUUAGCAAGGAUUCUUAAUCGUCAUGGACUGAUGCCAGAUGCCAAACAAGGAACUGUUGUCAAGGAUAUUUCUAGGGCUGUAAAAGAAGCAAAGAUGAAUCAAAUUAAGUUUAAGAUGGACAAAGCAUCAAUUGUGCAUGUGGGAGUUGGGAAGGUGAGUUUCACGGAGGAAUAUUUGCGCGAGAAUCUUGGUGCAUUUAUGAAUGCAAUUUUACAAUCAAAGCCUGCUGGCCUAAAGAAGACUUCCAAGUAUGCUGGGUAUGUGAACAGCGUCCAUAUAUGUAGCACGAUGGGACCCGGAUUCCCCGUUUCAAUACAGUCAUUAUCCAAAGCAGUAGAUCACUACAACAAAGUUCACCUAAAAUCGCCAGCGUAAUUUUGAAUUGAAUCAGUUGCGCUAGUUGCCCUGGUUAGUAUAGGAGUAUUAUUUCAGUAUUGAAAUUGAUUGAUUUUGUCUCGAUAAUGCUCUAGUAGUUGAAACAUUGUUGUUGACAGUCGCUCUGAACUCGAGAAUAUUUAUUGAAUCAAUUUGGUGAGUUGGCUCCUUAGUUAUGGGAGUCACCGAUGUUAGCACAUAGGAUGUAACUUGCGAGUGCUUCAUGGUUUUGUUUUUGCCAAAGCUCUACAAAAGAAGCAGCCAUUUGAGUUGCUGUGGCUUCCUAGUUA